GCGGGACGAUGGCCGCGCAGGCGCACGCGGGCUGGUCGGCAGAUCCCGCCAGCGGUGCGGAGGAUGGCUGAACUCGGGGAGGCGGACGAGGCGGAGCUGCAGCGCUUGGUGGCGGCGGAACAGCAGAAAGCUCAGUUCACGGCACAGGUGCAUCACUUCAUGGAGCUUUGUUGGGAUAAGUGUGUGGAUAAGCCGGGGAAUCGCCUGGACUCUCGCACUGAAAACUGUCUCUCUAGCUGCGUGGACCGCUUCAUCGAUACAACUCUUGCCAUCACUGGUCGGUUUGCCCAAAUUGUACAGAAAGGAGGGCAGUAGGCUAUCCAGAGAGAAUGACAGAAGCUGCAAGAGACUCCUUAUUAAGCGGACUGAAAGACAGAAGGGAGAAGUUGCCUUCCCAUUGGCAGGGCAGCCUCAGGCUGUUUCCAAGUCUGUUGGUGCUAAAAAGUUAACAAAUCAAAUGUGGAAAAACUGGUUUAUUUAUUUGGAAUUAAAUUCCAGGUUGUAUCACAUGCAUUAUUAAAUAAAUAUCAAUCCAACUUUU